AUGAAAUCUGUCUACUCGAUACAGGUUGCAGGUGUGGAAGACGAAUCACUUCCUUUGACACAUGAUCCAUGCCUCGUAGUGGCACACAUUUCACUUGUGAGGAGACUUCAGUCAAAUUUAGGAGAAGGAAGAAGGAGAAUGGAACAAAGAGAGAAGCCUCUCUUCUGCACAUUGUCAACUCCUUUGCAGCGAUUGUUUUGCCAAAACUAUCAUCAAAUUAUGAAACAAAUAAUAUUUUCCCUAAGUAAUUUAAAUGCUAUUUUUACCCAAUCAUUUUUCCCAAUAUUUCAGUUUAAUAACAUUUGUCGUAGAGACCACUCACAUGAGUUUUCUAUUCUAAGCUUUCCCCCUUUACUCUCCUCGGUCUAUAAAGCUAAUCAGUCUGCCGUCUGGAGUGUCACCAUCAAAGAGGCUGAGAGUCUGCUAGGCCAUCGCAAAAUUUCCAGACACACCCACAUGAACUCCAGACAAUAA